GGAAGUCGACUGUUCAAUGUGGAGACGCACUCAUCCGGCAGCUUGUGUCGAGAGUGCACUGUAGGUAACGUCAUUGAUAUAGUCACAGUCUUAAUAUUCUCAUAAUAACUUCAUAUUGUGUUUUGAUAAGUUCAGCGAAUAGCAAUGAUUAAAGCUAUCUUGAUAUUUAACAACCAUGGAAAACCGAGACUCAUCAGAUUCUAUCAGUAUUUUGCAGAGGACAUGCAGCAGCAGAUAGUUCGGGAGACUUUCCAUUUGGUGUCCAAGAGAGAUGACAAUGUCUGCAACUUCUUGGAGGGUGGAAGUCUCAUUGGCGGCUCCGAUUACAAGCUGAUUUAUCGGCACUACGCGACCCUCUACUUUGUCUUCUGCGUGGACUCGUCUGAGAGCGAGCUUGGCAUUCUGGAUUUGAUCCAGGUGUUUGUGGAGACGCUGGAUAAAUGCUUUGAAAACGUCUGUGAGCUGGACCUCAUUUUCCACAUGGACAAAGUUCAUUAUAUCUUGCAGGAGGUGGUGAUGGGAGGCAUGGUGCUGGAGACCAACAUGAAUGAGAUUGUAGCUCAAGUGGAGGUGCAGAACCGCAUGGAGAAGUCAGAGGGAGGUCUGUCAGCAGCCCCUGCUCGUGCCGUCUCUGCUGUCAAGAACAUGAACCUGCCUGAAAUUCCUCGCAACAUCAACAUCGGAGACAUCAACAUCAAAGUGCCGAGCCUCUCCCCGUUCUGAAUGCACCCCAGCUGAGCUCUGCAGGACUGAUGUACUGCUGAUGUCUCCAUUUCCCUGCAGUUUUCCUCCACCCAGUUCUGUUUUAUAAUACAGAGAAAACUGUUUGCAUAUAUGUACUAUAGAAGCACAGCAACAUACUCUGCCACUCAUUCCAGCCUUUUCACAUGUACAGGAGAUAAACUGUGUAUUAUUUUUGUGUUCUGCUGUAUACAAGCUACGCCUUGCCGCAGUUGAGGGAAUUGCACAAUAAUGUAAACUUAGAUUUUGUAAAGCAUCAAUUAAUAUUAAUAUCGAUGUAUGUUCUGCUGUUCUUUCCAUGUUUUUAAUGUCUCCAUUUGAGUUUCUACUCUUUUCAAAAGAAAACUGAAUGUCCGGGCCCAGUGCUUAGUUCCUGCACAGCUCUUCCAGCUCUCUGAUGUUCAUCAGUGGUUGUCCUGGUUUCAUUUUGAAAUGGAAUGAGCUUUUGGGCUCAGCACAGUUCAGUGUAAUAUGAUCCUAUAUAAUUACUCAUACACACAUCUUUUCUUCUUUUUUUCAAGUGUGUAUUAAUACCGACUGGGGUUAUACUCCUCCACUCGGCUCUUGUCAGAGUUUAUUUUUCUUUCUUGUUAAUAUAAUGCAUUUCUGGCAUCCUUUUGAUUUGUGAGUCAUAUUAUUGUUCUCCUGGGUGCAGACUGUGCUUAGUCUGGCAAAUAUAAAUGCUGUGUAUUUUUAAUCAGGUUUUAAUGUGCUCUCAUAGGGUCUUGCCGGCAUCUGUUUACAGAGUUAACACACUGUUGACCUUUUCUGAAUCUUUUACAUGUGUAUAAAGUGUUUCUGUAUCAUUGGCUCUAUUUUGGUGGUCUGAUAGAGUCAGUUUGUCAUUCAAGCCAUACUCUGUUGGUAGAGUUUUACUGUGAAAUCCUGGCAAAUCACUCAAGGAAGGAAAUAUAUGUCAGUGUCAAGUACAUUCCUUGGCAAGAAAAUAAAUGUAACUGUCACAUUGGCUGUUCUUUGUUGUGCACC